AUGCUUAUGUUAAUCAUCAUGCGUCCCAUUCUUGCGCUAAGCCUGGUCGUUUUGGCCACUCUGGUUGUCCUGUCUUCGCAGGCCAGUACACCCGCAUCCCCAACGAGCUCCACCCCGCCAGCGAGCUCCACCUCACCAACGAGCUCCACAUCCCCAACGAGCUCUACUUCUCCCACCAGCUCCACCUCCCCGUCCAGCUCUAGUACAUCCGAUACCUCAAGUGCCACGACAGCCGCCACCACCACCACCACCACCACAGCCGCCACCACCGAUAAGUCCAAAAAGAAGCGCCACAGGCAUCGCAGAAGGUUCAUUAUCCAUCGUCGUUUCGGAGGAGAUAGGCGCCGUAGAAACCGCGAUGGGGAUAACGAUGGCGGUCGUGUAGUCAGGCGCUACCGCGUGCGUGAACGCCGUUUCGGUCGCCGCUUUGCCCGUUUCUAGGGAUCCCUAACCACGACUUUCAAUAAAAAAUAAAAAGCGACUUCAGAAAAACUUGUGCAUUUUUUAGUUAAAGCAAUUAACUAGUACUUACAUAUAUAAGAGCUACAAGUUCGCAUUAGU